AUGGAGAAGUACAAUCUAACAAUGUUGGAUGAAUUUAUUCUCAUGGGAAUCACAGAUCGCCCAGAGCUACAAGCUCCAUUACUUGGACUCUUCCUCGUUGUUUACAUGAUCUCGGUGCUUGGUAACCUGGGUCUGAUCAUCCUCACCAAGAUAGACUCUAAGCUCCAAACACCUAUGUACUUUUUCCUCAGGCACUUGUCUUUCACUGAUCUUGGUUAUUCUACAGCUGUAGGGCCCAAAAUGCUGGUAAAUUUUGCUAGUGAUCAACAUUCCAUCUCAUAUAAUUGGUGUGCCACUCAACUCAUUUUCUUCAGCUUCUUCAUCACCAGUGAGGUUUUCAUUCUGUCGGCAAUGGCCUAUGACCGUUACGUGGCCAUCUGCAACCCUCUGCUGUACACAGUCGUCAUGUCCCAAGGAUUGUGUCAGCUGCUGGUGGCAAUCCCCUAUCUCUACAGCAUCUUUUUGUCUUUACUAACUAUCAUCAAAAUUUUCACUUCAAUAUUUUGUGGCUCUAAUGUCAUCAGGCAUUUCUACUGUGAUAGUCUGCCUUUGAUAUCUUUGAUCUGCUCAGACACUUCUGAAAUCAAAUUGAUCAUUCUGAUCUUUGCAACUUUUAACUUGGUUUCUUCACUUCUUAUCGUCCUUGUGUCCUACAUGCUCAUCCUGGUAGCUAUUCUCAAGAUGAACUCUGCAGAAGGCAGGCACAAGGCCUUCUCCACUUGCGGCUCUCACCUGACAGUGAUUGUUAUAUUCUAUGGCACUCUAUUCUUCAUGUAUGUGCAUCCCAAAUCCAAUCAAUCCUUUGAUACUGAUAAAAUGGCCUCUGUGUUUUACACAUUGGUAAUACCCAUGUUGAAUCCUAUGAUCUACAGUUUAAGGAACAAAGAGGUGAAAAAUGCCUUAUCUAGAACCUGGAAAAUGUGUGCAAAUAUUCUAUUUAAAAUGCAUUGUCAUUAA